AACGUGGCGAUGACUGACAACUCCAGUGCGGAAAAGGCUGCGGUGCAGGAGACGUGGCCCACAGCGAGGCAGCUUCUCUGCCAUUUCCACGUCGCACAGGCGGAGUGGCGCUGGCUGACGGCAGCUCGCAACCGCGUCGACAAGGACCAGAGGCGUCAAUUGAUGUCGCUCUUCCAGGAGGUGAUGUACGCCGACAGUGAAGAGAAGCUGGAAGCUGCAACUGCCCAGCUGAAGCUUCAACCGCACCAGGCCUUCGUGGCACGGGUGGAGGCCUUCCUUGGGAGACGGGAGGAGUGGGUGCUGCUCUUCCGUGCCAACAUCACCACACGGGGGCACAACACGAACAACUUCGCUGAGGCCACCAUCCGUGUCCUGAAGGACAUGGUUCUGAACAGGACGGAGGCCUUUAACGCGGUGGCACUGGUGGAUGCGGUGGCCGUGGUGUGGGAGCGGUACUUCGAGAGCCGCAUCCUCCGCCAUGCCCACAGUCGUGUCGCCGGUCACCAGCUGGAAUACAAGUGGCUGUUCAGCAGGAUGCCACAAGGUGCAGCAGACAACAUCAAGCCUGUGGGCGACAACGUCUAUGCGGUGCCGAGUUCCACCAACAACGGCGUGGUGUACGAAGUGUCGCCAAGCUUCGGAGCGUGCAGCUGCCCAGUCGGAAAACAAGGGGUGUUUUGCAAGCAUCAGGCCCUUGUGCACGAGACCUUUGGAGGGUUGUUUCCCAAUGCCCCCCCUUCGAGCACGGGGGAUCGUCACCGACUGGGAAAGUUGGACUUGGGAGACAAGUGUCCGUUGCAAAAUUUUUUCAUGCCUUUUUGUGAAGGGCAGCAGUCGUCAAAAGAGCCAGACGUGGCCAGCUGUACCGCCCAGGCCUCGGAAGGCCAGCACAUUGCCGAAGCCAGUGACAUGGCAGAAGCCCCCGAGCCCUCCACUUCAGCUGUGGCGUCACCGGCUGUGCAGGGACCUGACCAGGCUCAGAUUGCCCAAGCACGAGAACAAGUGUACCAGCGUCUGGAAUCGAGCUUGCAGCACCUGCACGCCAUGAACGAGGACAGCGCAACGUACCUUGAGAUCCUGCAGGGUCUUGGGGACGAGCUGGACCGUGUGCCCAAUGGCAACGACGCCACCGGCCUCAAGUUGAGCCUCAAGGCGACUGCGGCAGGACGAAGGCGCCGGGGACGCCAGAUCCGGGUGCAGCCUACGAGCUUUGCCCGACGUAGGCCAGGGCUGACGAGGGGCUCAAAAAGGGUGCCAGCCGGACGCCCACCAAGUGACCAGCCUGCGAAGAGGCCAAGAAAGAGGCCCCAUUCCCUGCAGAGGAAUGUGCAGGACAAUGUGCCCAGUGCGAGACUGCACUAA